AUGAACCAAAAUUCUAAUGUUGGACCCUGCCACGUCCAUAAUAGAAUGCGAUUGAGGAAGCCACACCUUAAAGACAACCUCCCGACCCAGCUAUGUCUUCUAUGUACUCGGGCUUUCUGCGUCGACCACAAGGGCUCUGAGGACGGUGUCUGUGAGAUUGACCAUGAGACAUACUAUCGUAAUCAUCCGGCGGCCCAGGAGUACUUGUAUCGGACGUAUGAGGACUGGAAGAAAGAUGGCGAGCAGAUGAUGGUUGAUGAAAUGUCGGGAAAUGAGGCGGAGCUGGUGGUGGACCGUGGGGAAACAGAAAGUGAGGCCCUGGGCAGACAUGGGAAUUUCUAG